UUCAGACUCUGGGUUCUUGGGGAUUUUGAGGUCUUGCAAGCAGGUUUAUAGAGAUUAGAUUUUGGUUUGGUAUGUGUUGAAGUUUUCUGGGGGUUUUGGGAAGUUUGGGUUGUGGAAAGUUGGUGGAUCUGUUUUGCCAGGGUUUUGAAAUGUUUCUAGCGAAGGAAAUUUGCUGUCAAAAGAAAUUGAGGGGCCAAAGAAAUCCUCUCUUUUGAGUUGGGGGUCAAGUAUUGGUGAGGGGAUAUCAAAACCUGGGUAAUAAUAUGCAUUAACAAUGGUUAUUACUAUUGAUAGUAGGACUAAGAUAGCUUUCAUUAUUUUUUAUAAAACUUUCUG